AUGUCAACUUCCUCACGACGACGGAGAUCGCCUUUAGAACUCUCCUCGUCGCGGUCGUCUUCCUCUUCCUCAUCAUCUUAUGCGUCGUGGGCAUCAACAACCUCUCCAUCAACAUCAACGUCAACACCACCUUCACUAUCACGCACAACGACUGUGUCCACCUCUCACGUCUUCCUCUUCCUCCUCGCCUUCCGUCUCCUCAAUGCCUUGUCCCUUCGCACCUUUUUUCAACCCGAUGAGUUCUUUCAAUCGCUUGAACCGGCGUGGCAGACUGCGUUCGGCGAAACCCACGGGGCGAAUGGCGACACCAUCUGCGGUCUUCCAUCCAUCCUCUGCUAUUUGCUACAGUUUAUUCUAUCGCCGACCUUGCCGCGCGCGCUCUUCGUCUCUCCCCCGCAUUCCGCCAUUCUCUCCGCCAUUGGAGAUCUGUAUACCUGGAAACUAGCCCGUUACGUGUACGGACGUCGCAGUCAUGAAGCCUGGGCUGCUCUUGCCUUGACCGUCCUCAGCCCCUGGCAAUGGUUCUGUUCCACCCGGACAUUAUCCAAUUGCCUCGAAACCACAAUUACAAUUGUCGCGCUGAAUCUAUGGCCCUGGGAAUGGUCGUCGGAAUCCACGCCAACAGUUCAACCGAGGAGGAACACGCGCUCCACUACUAGAGAUACGGGGCUAGAUAACACCGGUGAUGGAGCUGUCGUUGUCAGGCUGCGCAAGUGUCUCACUCUUGCUGCAUUGGCGUGUAUCCUGCGACCAACAAACAUCCUGAUCUGGAUGGGCUUAGCUGGUGUCGCAUGGUUUCGGAGCGCUUGGCGGGAGCGGACGAUCCUCUGUCGCGAAGUUCUGCUUUGUGGGGUUUCUGUCCUCACCGGAUCGGUCGUUCUAGAUCGCCUUUACUACGGACUUUGGACGUUUCCGCCACUAAAAUUCCUGUACUUUAACAUAGCCCAGUCUCUGGCAGUCUACUAUGGGAGGAAUGACUGGCACUAUUAUGCGACCCAAGGCUAUCCCCUUCUGCUUACGACCGCACUGCCUUUUACCCUGGUCGGCCUAUAUCGUACACUGUCCCAGUCCCAGUCAACCAUAAACACUCGGAACGUGUCGGUGCAAACUCAGUUGGCAGCUAUUUGUCUAUUAAUGCCGCUGGUGCUGUCGCUCAUUUCCCAUAAGGAAGUGCGGUUUAUUUACCCAUUGCUGCCCUCCCUGCAUGUCUUGACGGCCCCGCCCCUAGUGGAUUUCUUUCUCCCGGCUGUCUCUCGUUCUAACGGGGCAUAUAUGCCCAGACGGCUGUCUCUUGUCUUUUUGUUGCUGGUCAACAUCACCGUUGCGAUCUACACAUCUGUAUACCACGCAUCUGGGACCCUCAACGUUCUCUCGUACCUCCGCGACCAGCAGCAAGCUCACACCACUGUUGACAAAUCGGCAUACUCGCCCGGUUCUUCGCAGCGGAUCACGGCCGGGUUCCUCAUGCCCUGCCACAGCACCCCAUGGCGCUCCCACCUGGUCGAUCCGAACAUCCAUGCCUGGGCGCUCUCCUGUGAACCACCCGUGGACUUGACCGAGCCCCAGAAGGCCGUCUACGUCGAUGAAGCCGACCAGUUUUACAACGACCCCAGCCAAUUCCUGCGCGAGAACAUGGUUGGCGGACUGCGCCAUCUACCUCGGAAGCCCAGCUAUCUGGCUUCCUCCAAAUCUCUGGAAGCCAGCCCGCAGGCCUACCAGCAAGCCACCCCGCACGAAUGGCCCGACUAUCUCAUCUUUUUCGCCCAGUUAGAACCCACCCUUCACAGCUUUCUCCGCAGCAGCUCCUACGGCGAAUGUUGGCGCACCUGGAACACCGCCUGGCACGACGACUCCCGUCGCCGAGGCGACAUCAUCGUCUGGUGCCUCGACCCAACGGAACAAGCCGCCUGGCGAUCAGCAACGCGGAAACGCACCCUAGAGCACCGCGACCAUCAAUUCGAUCGGAUCGUGGAAACAUUACGGAAGAACGCGCCCGCGGAAAUCCUCCCCUUGGACUCGAUGGACAUCCUCUCUGUCCGGGCGAUCGGCCUCCUCAACCUGGUCCUGGUCCUGGCCCUGGGAACGACGCAGACGGUCCUGGUUCGGAAUCCAGUUACCAGUCUGGAAGAAGUCCUCAUGGACCCUUCCGACAUGGACCUGGCCAAAAUCUUCCAAGAGGAAAACUAG